AUGUUUGAAAACACUUCCGACGAAGUAUCUUCCCCGGCCGACGGAGAGAGUGGGCAGGACGGAGAGAGCGGGCAGGACGGAGAGAGUCCUCAGGACGGAGAGAGCGGGCACAAGGGAGAGGACCAAGUUCGAGAGGAGGAGGUGGACGUGGACCUCGCACAGGUCCUCGCCUUCCAAGCGAACGCGCGGUCGCCGGACCUUGAAGACACGCCAGACUCCGAAACACGCUUUGUGCGCGAAAAGUUUCUGCCGGUAAACAUGACUGAGGACUCCGAGGGCAUGCUUUGCGUAUACUUCUCCACAGUCAAGGGCGAAUUCAGCGACAGGACGGCGCAGUUUGUUUCGGACACCAUACCCCGGAAUAUUGUGGCUUCUUAUUACACUGAAGGCAGGGUGGCCGCAUCGUCUCAAGUGUCGCUCGCAGCAAUCGGCAGUCAUGGUCUGGGUGAGCUUGCCGGCGCAGGAGCCAGUCGCGGGGGCUUCUGGUGGGACUACAGCGAGGCCCCGCCAAAAGUGGUUUCUUCGACGGGUGUGGCCCCUUCCACAGCAGGUAGUGCGCAGGUAGAUAGCGUGGCUCUGAAGGUUAUGCAGGCCGUGGUUCGUGCGGUGCAGGUUACGGAGACGAAUGUACGUCACCUCAACUGCCAGCGUCGAUCUUUUGGCGGAGCGUACGGCUGCUCAGUGGUGUUGUUCGGGCCAUGCGCGGACGGUGGGUUACGGCUUUGUGCGGUGAACAUGGGUAGUUUACGUUUGGCAGUGUUUGAUCGUACACACACAUGCACACCCCUUCUCCCGGCACGCACCUUGGACAACGACUACCAACCGGUCCAGAUCAAGUGGGCCCGAAACAAGGUACAGGUCGAAGACGGAGAUGGACGACCAUCGUACAAAGUUCUCCGCGCCCAUUGGCACGGAGACGAAACUGUCGGACAGUGUAGCACCAGUCGGGGCUACGGCUAUGUUGAAUUCUUCACCCACACCACAGGUAACCAGACCUCCACAAACAAAAAGCUGCAAGUCGACCACAAACACCUUGUCCUCAAAAGACAACCCGAUGUAACCCUCGUCAACAUCAACUUGGACCAAGACCGUCUCAUCGUCCUAGCUUCAUCUAACCUCGUCGACCUGAUCGGAUGGAAACGGAUACAUGGCGAUGUCGCCGCCAAACUCCGCAUUCACCGACAUUCUCACAGCCUUGCCGACAUGAAAGCCCACCACGAAUUUGACGUAACUACCCCACUUUCACUCGGAUCCCACUUUCACUGGUAA